UGCGUGCACUUGGCGACGUAACUUGGUUUAUUUUUUGUUGUUGUGGAGAGGAUUGGAUUGGAGAAGAGCGGCUUCGUUCGGGAAAACCAGUUUGUGGAAGUGGCCAACUUGGGCAGCAGCGGAUUGGAUAGCCGCACAACUGCAACGGCAUCUCGGCAGCGCUAUUACAAACCUGGCGAAAAGAAAGUUUUGACGCAAUCCACGGGCCGCUGCCUGUAAUGAAGAAGCGUCGCCGCCGCAGUAACAGCUGCACUCUACCCGCGAACGGACGCAUCUGCUCCAGCAUCGGAAUUUUGGAACUGGACAACGGUUGGCUGACAACAACGAGAAAACAUCGAACAACAAAAGCAGGGAAAAGUGAAAUCGCUGAUAAACCCGAAUACCCCCCGGAGCAUUGUCAAUCACUGAAUGACCGUCUGAACCUGGAAUCUAUUUUGGGUACUCUGCGAAUUGGCGCGCACUUGGGCAUAACCAAGAUAAUAGUGAAGUAAUCACAGAGACAUCCCCACGCUCCGUUGAGCAUGACACUUAAAUGCCAUUGAAGAGUUGGCAGUCGUAGCAAUAAAAGUGAAAUCCGCACGAGCAAACAUACGCACACGUAAAAGCGAAACCAAAGUAGUUCCGACGCAGACAUGGCGGUAACCACAGGCUCUACCACCGAGGCAACCGCAACCACAGCUCCCGUCCCACGACGCACACACAGUACCCGGGAGCAGCUCCACCAAAUGCUAGCCGGCGGAUUGUCGGCGGCCAUCACUCGGUCCACCUGUCAACCGCUGGACGUACUCAAGAUUCGCUUUCAGCUGCAAGUGGAACCACUUGGCAAGAGCCGCGUUAAGGAUGUAGUGGGAUCCUUUACCUCCAAGUACACAUCCAUUGGACAGGCGGUAAAAACUAUCUAUCGUGAAGAGGGAUUGUUGGCCUUCUGGAAGGGUCACAAUCCCGCCCAGGUACUAAGCAUCAUGUACGGCAUAUGCCAGUUCUGGACAUACGAACAGUUAAGCCUGCGGGCCAAGCAAACCAGUUAUCUGGCGGAUCAUCAGCAUCUGUCGAACUUCUUGUGUGGAGCUGCUGCCGGAGGAGCAGCGGUGAUUAUAUCAACUCCACUAGAUGUGAUCCGUACUCGACUUAUUGCCCAGGACACUAGCAAGGGAUACAGAAACGCAACAAGGGCUGUGUCUGCUAUAGUUCGGAAUGAGGGUCCACGGGGUAUGUACCGUGGUUUAUCCUCCGCUCUGCUGCAAAUAACGCCGUUGAUGGGCACCAACUUCAUGGCCUACCGCCUGUUCAGCGACUGGGCUUGCGCCUUUAUGGAGGUAAGCGAUCGCAGCCAACUGCCCACGUGGACACUCCUGGGACUGGGUGCCUCUUCGGGUAUGCUCUCGAAAACGAUCGUCUACCCCUUCGAUCUUAUCAAGAAGAGACUGCAGAUUCAGGGCUUUGAGUCUAACCGUCAAACCUUCGGACAAACGCUGCAGUGCCACGGAGUCUGGGAUUGUUUGCGGCUGACCGUGCGCCAGGAGGGCGUUAGGGGCUUGUACAAGGGCGUGGCCCCCACACUCCUCAAGUCAAGCAUGACGACAGCCCUGUACUUUAGCAUUUACGAUAAGCUCAAGCAGGUGCGCUUCUAGGUCGGGCUUGGAGUCGGGGUUAAUGGCAGCUCGAAUCCAUUGUGCGCCCAUACAGAAUCUACACUGUAUUUUCUAUUUUUAUACAUAUUUACCGCAGCGCGUAAAUAAUAUUAAGACUUAGACUAACUGUUGAUUAGUUUUCGGUUAUGCGUACGGGUUUUUUGUUUAUCUUAGACCAAUCGACUUGGUCGGUGCUUUAAUACACACAAAAAUUAUCAGCGCACCAGUUAAGUUAUAUCUUUAUAUAUAUAUUUAUGUAAAUUCUAGUUUAUUUAGUUUAUUAUCCGACCAAAAGCUACACGCUCUUCAGCCACACUCAAAACAUUAUUUAAGAUGCAAACGAAAACGACUGCAAUGGAAUCUAAUUUGCUGUUCAAUCAUUUUUAUUAAACUUAAAUAUUCAGGGAAUUUAAUAAAACUUGACUACAUCACA